AGGGGCUUUUGAUCUAAUUUUUGUGCGCGUAUAUCUAACUAAAUGAAAAUAAAGUACAGUGUUCUUGACAAUAAAAGAAACGUAAGAAACCACAAUACGUGUGUUCAGUUUGACCUAGACUUUUAUUUUGGGAUAAUCUGGUUGUCGAGUGGUACAGUAGCCUAAUACCGUCAUCAAUAAUAACCGCGAAAUUCAAAUCGAAACCAUUUCUUUGAUUAGAGAUGAAGUUAGAAUGUCGCUGCUUGAACUAACGGGUCACAUUCGAUCAGACGAUGAGGAUUUUCAGUCAAACCAGGAUGAUGCAGAAAUCGAAAAUGAUGAAGAGGAAACAGAGCCUGAAUUUCUGGACAUGAAUGAGGUGAAUUAUGUCUCAUCUGGGGGGAAAAUGUUCAAAACCUCCAUGCCAGCGUUAAAAGAAGUGUUAUUAGUGACUGGUAACAGGACAUACAGGGUCAAGGGCUAUUUUCACCUUUGUGAUCCCUGGUGGAAGGUAACCUGCAAAGUUCUUAACCAUGGCAGGAGUGGGUUUUGUACCCUCCCCUCCAGCUAUCCCUCAUACAGUCUCCGCACCAAUCUGAGAUCAGAGGGCCGGUCACUUGUGUCUCUUUUUCUUAAAGAGUGUGAGGCAGAUCCUCUGUUUAAAAACAUGUUUAUGGAGUGGUUGCCCAACAACACAGACGUGGAGCCUAUCAAUGUGCUGGACGUCCUGCAAGAUUUUGAAGAUUCUGCACCAGAGCAUAAAGCUGUGGCUGAACAGCUCAAGUCAAACGUCACUCGCUCAGUUGCUUGGACACGCGUGAGAGUUGCCAGUAUGUACCCUCGAAUCAUGAAAUACUUGCCAACACUGCUGCCAGGCCAGUUUAUGGAGAUAAUAAGCAAUGGAAAGAUGAAAAACAAACAGGAUUCCACAGAAGAAACUCCACAGCAGCACAUUAACACAGACUUACUGGAGGAUCUGGAGAUGUUAAUCGAGAAUGAUGUUUGGAAGUUGGGCUUCAACUAUAUCAUGUUUAAAGAAUUCCGUAUGAUCAGGUGUGAAGCAAAGAUGAAGUCCUUCGAGCUUUGUAAUUUGCUCAGAAGAAUCCCUGAGGUGCAGCAUCAUGCCUUGCGAUUGUAUGCAGAACUGAAAAACUAUUGCAGAGACACUGGAAGCACAUACAUUGAACAGAGGAAGCUGCUGGAGAAGAUGCAACAGUGGAAAAUUGCAUUUGAAGGGGCAUUGUUCCUAAAUGAGCAGAGGGUGCUGAUAAUGCAGAACAACAAGGUGGCACUUCACAACCUCUUCAGCUACGAAAUAGACAUUGCUAAAUGCUUGAGGGCUCUGGUUGAGGGAGGCGAUUGGAAGAUCGACUUGGAUGUGAGGAAAGUUCUUCAAAGAGCUGCGAUAGAGAGACUAAGGGAAAAGUCUUGUGAUGCAAGAUCAUCGACCACAGAACAAAAUGACAUGGAGCAGGGGGUUGGGUGCAAGCAAAAAGAUGAAGCUCAGGCUGGUUCCUCAAGCAUGGACCACAAUGGAGGAAUGGCAACCCAUUGUGAUUCUUCCCAGUCCUUUGAAGUUUCUGACUCAAAUGACUCCACCUACACGGACGCUGAUCCCUCUACUAUAGAGUUAGACGAAGAUCAGGUGCGAGCAGCAAAAAUGAUAUGCACCAACCCGGUGACGGUUAUCAGUGGGAAGGGUGGUUGUGGGAAGACCACCGUGGUCAGCCUGGUGCUUAAGGCAGCCAUGCAGAAACAGACCAGUAAGAGUGACAGUGAUGAAAAGCCUCUUUUAGAGGUUCUCCUCACUGCUCCCACAGGAAGAGCUGCUUCACUUCUUACUAAAAGAACUGGGUUCACUGCUUAUACUAUGCACCAGGUUUUAUGGAGUUUCAUGAAUGCAAAAAAAGAUCAAACUGGAAAUCCACAAGAAUGGAAGUUCUCGAAAGUGCAGGUGCUAGUGAUCGAUGAGGGGAGCCUGGUGUCUGUUCAGAUCCUUCAUUCCAUUCUCAGCAUGCUUACCAACCACGCAGAACUCCAGAAGUUCAUUAUUUUGGGAGAUAUGCGGCAGCUGCCCAGCAUCGAGCCUGGAAACACACUGUGUGAUUUGUUUGAGGGUCUCCAGAAAGUGGGGUGGGCCACUGAGAUGCGGACAAACCAUCGUGCAGAAUCGGAGCUCAUCGUCAGAAAUGCUGGACUCAUCUCAGAGAUGGGUGAAACCAAGUCGUAUCAUCCACUGCAGUUUGAUGCCAUCAUUGAAAUGACAAGACCCUCCAAAGUGCUGUCUGACAAAAGGUUCAUUUUUAUCCAGAUUAGUGAGAAAAAUGAUGCUCUAAAGGAAGCCAUUACAUUCUUAAUCAAGGAAGCUCCUGGACUCAAAGAUCAUAUAUCAUCACAGAUUGUGGCAUUUACAAGGAAGGAUUGUCAGGAUAUCAAUGACCUUUGCUGCAAUCAUUAUUCUUGCCAUUCUGCAAUGUCUCCCCAAAAUAAAAUAUGUUUUCAAGUGGGGGAUAAAGUUUGCUGCACAAAGAAUGCCUAUAUCUCAGAUAAAGAUGAUGAGAACAUGCAAGAAGAGCCUGCACAUGAUGUUGCUGGAAUUUCCCAAAAUAUUCCAAAUACCCAAAGAAAAAAUGAAGAGAUGAAAGAGAAAAAAGAGAGAAUGUUCAAUGGGGAAAUUUUCUUCAUUAAAGGGGUUGUAACUGACAAGGAUUUGGGAGCAAGAUGCAAAAUAAGACGCUACCUGACACUAGAUGAUAAAAACGGCCGUGUGGUGACUUGUAACUACAGGGAGCUACAGAGAGACUGUAAACUGCGCCAUGCUUGGGCAAGAACCAUUCACACCUUCCAGGGAUCAGAGGCAGAAACAAUUGUGUUUGUUCUUGGCAGCCGUGGUGAAAACUGGCAGCACGUAUACACUGCCGUGACACGCGGUCAGAAGCGUGUGUAUGUGGUGGGUAGAAAUGGUGACUUAAAAAGAGCCAUAGAGAAAAAGAUCACCCCUCGUAACACACGAUUGCGAGGCCGUGUCAAGGAGAUAGUUGCUCAGCAAGGUCCUGAAAACUCUUUCACUCAAUCUGGCUGCAGACAGAGUCAUGUGGAGACCCCUGUGAACCAGUGGCCUCCAAGCGGCCUGCUCAGUCAGACCCCUGCACUACACAGAGCAAACCUAUAAAUGUAACAGAGUAAAACAUCUGCAAAUAAUCAAAAGUAUUCUGAUAUUGUUUUUAACAUUCUGUGACCUACUCUUGCUCUAGCAAACCACUUCAGAAGAGCCUCCGUUAGACCGCACAAAUUCAAGCCCUAAUUCAAGCCCCAAGUCUCACAGCGAGGAACUUCCUUGAGAAGAUUCACAUUCUCACAGGGAACAUGCAUGCAGUUAAUUAUGAAUAAUUUUCGUUUACAAAGUAGAACGGGUAGUGGCAUCAACAAAAAGCUGAAACCAAGAUCCAAGAUGAUUCAAUCCUGGAAAUACAACAAAAGUUUUGAAAAACUAAAACAAAGAAAUAUGCUGUAAAGUGAAUGGAAACUAUUUAAGAUUUUAUACUAUUUCUACAUCUUUAAUCAUCUAAUAAAUAUUUAGUUUUCUAAUAUUGUUAACUUUCUGAAAUUAGGUAGUAAGCAGUGAAUUAGUAUAACUGAUUAUGUUACUGACAUUGUGAGUGCCAUUGUCUUCCCCCAGGUUUAUGAAUCUUCCUACUUGUGAUUUUGUCAUGCUUUUAAUGUUCCAAAUAUUAAUCAUGCAAUCUAUGCACUUUCUGUAUUUUUUCUAAGGUUUAGAUUUAAAGUUUGGGUUUGAAUGCCUUCUUUCCUUUUUAUUAUUGCAUAAAUCAAGAAAAUAUUACAAUAUGUAUUCGUUCUCACUUCUGCAUCCCCCUAUAUUCUACUUUUGACUGUGGACAUUCUAAAUGUUUUUAAUGGCAUGUUUAUAAUUCUUUUAUUAGUAUUAUAAGUCUGAAGCAUGUAAUGUGGCAUUUCUAACAUUU